UGUGCGGUGCGGGCCGCGACGGAAGGCCGGAUCUUGGUCCUGGAAGGCUUGGAGAAGGCGGAGCGCAACGUCCUGCCGGUUUUGAACAAUUUGCUGGAGAACCGGGAGAUGCAGCUGGAGGACGGCCGUUUCCUCAUGUCGGCCGAACGUUACGAUAAACUCCUGAAGGAGCACAACAGAGAAUCUCUGGAUGCUUGGAGGAUCGUUAGAGUCAGCGAAGAUUUCAGGGUGAUUGCUCUGGGGCUCCCUGUACCCCGAUAUUUGGGCAACCCAUUAGACCCGCCGCUGCGAUCUCGGUUUCAGGCCCGAGACGUUUAUUAUUUACCCUUCAAGGACCACCUAUCACAACUGUACUUUAUUGGAAAUAAUGUUUCAACGGAAAGAAUCUCACAGCUCUUGUCCUUUGCCAUGACUCUCUGCACCCAAGAAUCGUCUUCGCUGGGCCUUCCCGAUUUCCCGCUAGACAGCCUGUCCUCUGCUGUGCAGGUCCUG